AUGACGGGCACUCAUUGCAAAAUGGGCCUCUUCGGAUCAAGCCUUUCGAGAUUCUUAUCAAGAGCGUGCUCCUCCCAGAAAAUCGGCAUUGGACUACCCACCCCAUCUUCUCUCCAAGGCUGGCCUUGGGGACAAACGCUUCUUCUGCCUGGAUUCAGUGGAUAA